AUGCCAAAGGAUAGAAGAGGCCGUUCUGUGUCGUCUGAAAGGUCCAGGGUAUCUCCUUUCCCAUGCAGCUCUAGUCGCAGUAGACGUUCUUCAUCCAAAAACCCUUUGGAACCUGUGGAGGAUGCAAGAGAAUGGGAAGAAGCAAGGCAGUCGGAGUGUGAAAAAUCUUUGGAGUCUGCUGAAGAUAUAAAAGAAUGGGAAGAAGCUAGGUGUCCUGUCUGUAUGGAACAUCCGCACAAUGCUGUUCUUCUUUUAUGUUCCUCCCGUGACAAAGGCUGUCGCCCUUAUAUGUGUGAUACAAGCUACCGACACUCAAAUUGCCUUGACCAGUUCCGCAAAGCAUUUGCAGAGGCUCAAAAAACUACAGUACAAGACUCAAGCCCAAGCACGAUAACUUCAGAUGCAACACCCAUGGAUACUCAAGGUGUAAUAAUAAAUGAGCAGGCCUCAAACAGCUCCACCUUACGUUCUGCAAAGGCCUCACAAUCGGAACUUGUAUGCCCUCUCUGUCGAGGGAAGAUCAAUGGUUGGCUUGUUGUGGAGGAUGCUCGCCAGUUCAUGAAUGCCAAGGAAAGGAGUUGUGCUUGUGAAACUUGUGAUUACUGUGGGACAUACUCUAACCUCCGGAAGCAUGCAAGGCUUGAGCACCCUCUUGUGCGGCCCUCAGAUGCUGACCCAGAACGGGAGCGUGACUGGAGGAAUUUAGAGAGGCAGAGGGACCUUGGGGAUGUGCUUAGCACAAUCCAGUCGGCAUUUGUUGAGGAGAGGAGCGAGGAUGAGAUGUUUGCCAUGGACAAUGGGGGACUGCUAACUGUCUUUUUCCUUAUUCGUGUUUUCCGGCCUGGGUCCAGUACCGGUGGCAGUUGGUCUGGUGCCUCGAUAGUACGAGGCCAGCCAAGUCGUCGAAGGAGAAGGGUGCACUGGGGAGAGAGCUAUGAUGUUGAUACAGGUUCUGCCUCUGGAGAGGAUGAAAAUAAUCCGUUGGAAGGCAUCUCACGAGCCUGGCGACGCCGUGUGCGGAGUCAAAGACGCCCCACGCCAGAGAAUGAGCCUUGAAAGUGAUCAUAUGUUAUGAUCACUUUGUGUAGCUCUGUGAUUCCUCCUUUGGGCAUCUCACGGAAAUAUUUAGGAAGAAUCCUUGAGGGCGUAAGAGUUUUAUGUGCAGAUUUAAUUGUUUGGUC